AUGGAAGUUGACAUCCUGCAUUGUGUCCUCUCCCCUGCAGCUCCAGCAGAUGAGGAACCAACGCCACAGCCAAUCCUGGGCGAGCUGAGGGCCUCCCAGGUCAGCCCCGAGUCCGUGCAGCUGGAGUGGAGCGUCCCCGAGGGCAGCUUUGACUCCUUCACGGUGCAGUACAGAGAUGCCCAAGGCCAGCCCCAGGUGCUGCCCGUGGACGGGGGUUCGCGCACGGUGACCGUGCCUGGGCUGUCCCCGUCCCGCCGCUACAAGUUCAACCUGUAUGGGGUGUGGGGCCGCAAACGACUGGGCCCCGUCUCCACCGACGCUGCCACAGUUGACAUCCUGCAUUGUGUCCUCUCCCCUGCAGCUCCAGCAGAUGAGGAACCAACGCCACAGCCAAUCCUGGGCGAGCUGAGGGCCUCCCAGGUCAGCCCCGAGUCCGUGCAGCUGGAGUGGAGCGUCCCCGAGGGCAGCUUUGACUCCUUCACGGUGCAGUACAGAGAUGCCCAAGGCCAGCCCCAGGUGCUGCCCGUGGACGGGGGUUCGCGCACGGUGACCGUGCCUGGGCUGUCCCCGUCCCGCCGCUACAAGUUCAACCUGUAUGGGGUGUGGGGCCGCAAACGACUGGGCCCCGUCUCCACCGACGCUGCCACAGCUCCAGCAGAUGAGGAACCAACGCCACAGCCAAUCCUGGGCGAGCUGAGGGCCUCCCAGGUCAGCCCCGAGUCCGUGCAGCUGGAGUGGAGCGUCCCCGAGGGCAGCUUUGACUCCUUCACGGUGCAGUACAGAGAUGCCCAAGGCCAGCCCCAGGUGCUGCCCGUGGACGGGGGUUUGCGCACGGUGACCGUGCCUGGGCUGUCCCCGUCCCGCCGCUACAAGUUCAACCUGUAUGGGGUGUGGGGCCGCAAACGACUGGGCCCCGUCUCCACCGACGCUGCCACAGGUGAGGCUCCAGCAGAUGAGGAACCAACGCCACAGCCAAUCCUGGGCGAGCUGAGGGCCUCCCAGGUCAGCCCCGAGUCCGUGCAGCUGGAGUGGAGCGUCCCCGAGGGCAGCUUUGACUCCUUCACGGUGCAGUACAAGGAUGCCCAAGGCCAGCCCCAGGUGCUGCCCGUGGACGGGGGAUUGCGCACGGUGACCGUGCCUGGGCUGUCCCCGUCCCGCCGCUACAAGUUCAACCUGUAUGGGGUGUGGGGCCGCAAACGACUGGGCCCCGUCUCCACCGACGCUGCCACAGUUGACAUCCUGCAUUGUGUCCUCUCCCCUGCAGCUCCAGCAGAUGAGGAACCAACACUGCAGCCAAUCCUGGGCGAGCUGAGGGCCUCCCAGGUCAGCCCCGAGUCCGUGCAGCUGGAGUGGAGCGUCCCCGAGGGCAGCUUUGACUCCUUCACGGUGCAGUACAAGGAUGCCCAAGGCCAGCCCCAGGUGCUGCCCGUGGACGGGGGUUCGCGCACGGUGACCGUGCCUGGGCUGUCCCCGUCCCGCCGCUACAAGUUCAACCUGUAUGGGGUGUGGGGCCGCAAACGACUGGGCCCCGUCUCCACCGACGCUGCCACAGCUCCAGCAGAUGAGGAACCAACGCCACAGCCAAUCCUGGGCGAGCUGAGGGCCUCCCAGGUCAGCCCCGAGUCCGUGCAGCUGGAGUGGAGCGUCCCCGAGGGCAGCUUUGACUCCUUCACGGUGCAGUACAGAGAUGCCCAAGGCCAGCCCCAGGUGCUGCCCGUGGACGGGGGUUCGCGCACGGUGACCGUGCCUGGGCUGUCCCCGUCCCGCCGCUACAAGUUCAACCUGUAUGGGGUGUGGGGCCGCAAACGACUGGGCCCCGUCUCCACCGACGCUGCCACAGUUGACAUCCUGCAUUGUGUCCUCUCCCCUGCAGCUCCAGCAGAUGAGGAACCAACGCCACAGCCAAUCCUGGGCGAGCUGAGGGCCUCCCAGGUCAGCCCCGAGUCCGUGCAGCUGGAGUGGAGCGUCCCCGAGGGCAGCUUUGACUCCUUCACGGUGCAGUACAGAGAUGCCCAAGGCCAGCCCCAGGUGCUGCCCGUGGACGGGGGUUCGCGCACGGUGACCGUGCCUGGGCUGUCCCCGUCCCGCCGCUACAAGUUCAACCUGUAUGGGGUGUGGGGCCGCAAACGACUGGGCCCCGUCUCCACCGACGCUGCCACAG